AUGAAGUUCGAGAACAUCCUGGAGGAAAUUGACGGUUUUGGACCUUUCCAAAUCGUCAUCAUCGUCCUGCUAUGUGCCCCAAGAAUCGUGCUGCCCUGUCACUACAUGUUGAAUAACUUUAUUGCGGCGUUACCUCCUCACCGCUGUGAUAUCAGCACUCUGGAAAAUGGAGGACUCUUUAGAAAUUUGACCCAGCAGCAGAGACUGACCGUCAGCCUUCCUUUAGGAGAAGAUGGCGGCUUCAGAUCCUGUGAGAUGUUUGCAGAGCCACAGUUUCAGCUCCUGGUGAACGGAUCCAAACUCUUUGAGGCGACAACGGUACCGUGUCAGAGUGGAUGGGUUUACGACAACUCCACCUUCACCUCCACCCUGGCAACAGAGUGGGACCUCGUCUGUGAUAGGAAAAGCCUGGCACAAACCACAAGCUCCAUCUUCUUCUUUGGAGUGAUGAUCGGCUCCAUAGCGUUUGGAUUCCUCUCUGACAGACCCGGGCGACAGAAGCUGGCUUUGGGGACGUGGAAUGUCACCUCUCUGGGGGGGAAGGAGCCGGAGCUUGUGCGGGAGGUGGAGCGUUACCAGUUGGAUCUGGUUGGGCCACCUCUACGCACAGCGUCGGCUCUGGAACCUUACUUCUGGAUAGGGGUUGGACUCUAUUCUUCUCCGGAGUUGCCAAAGAGCACCCUAGGCAGAAGGUCCAUGAUCGAUGUUGUUAUCGUAUCAUCGGACCUGAGGCUGUAUGUUUUGGACACUCGGGUAAAGAGAGGGGCAGAGUUGUCAACUGAUCACCAUCUGGUGGUGAGUUGGGUCGAGUGGCGGGGGAAGCCUCUGGACAGACCUGGUAAGCCCAAACGUGUAGUUCGGGUGAACUGGGAACGUCUGGAGGAGGCCCAAGUUCAGGAGGCCUUCAACUCACACCUCCGGCGGAGCUUUUCGGGCAUUCCUGUGGAGACACCGGUGGUCAGGGAAGCCAUCCGACUGAAGAAGGAGGCCUUCAGGGAUUUGUUAUCCCGGGGGACUCCCGAGGCAGUUGCAAGGUACCGACAGGCCCGAAGAACAGCAGCCUCAGCCGUGGCCGAGGCAAAGCAGCUGGUGUGGGAGAAGUUCGGAGAAGACACGGAAAAGGACUUUCAAGCGGCACCAAAGUUGUUGCUGGAAAACUGUCCGACACCUCAGGAGGGGGAAGCAGGGAACCAUCCAAGCUGUGUACAGUGGAUUCCUGAGUCUGCCCGCUGGCUGUUGGCUCAUGGGAAAGUGGAGAAGGCCAAGUUUUACCUCGACAAAUGUGCCGAAUUCAACAAGAGAGGAGAUCUGUCGGACAAAAUAAAACUGGAGACACUGUCCAGCAUAGAAAACGAGGAAAAUAAGGACAAAAACUACACAUACCUCGACCUGAUCAAGACCCCGAAGAUGAGAAAGUUAACUCUACUGACUGGCAUUGUGUGGUAUGGCGUUGCCUCCACGUAUUACGGCAUCAGCCUGAACAUCAGCGGCUUGGGUUUGAACAUUUACCUCACACACUUCAUCUACGCUGCCAUCGAAGUGCCCGCCAAGCUGAUGGUCUACUGCUGUCUGAACAUCGUGGGGCGGAGGAAGUGUCAGGCGGGAACGCUGCUGCUGACGGGACUCUCCAUCGCCAUCAACAUCUUGCUACCUCAAGACACGCGGUGA